ACCAUCUGCAAAUACCAUCCAGGGCACCAUAAUGUUCCCAAUAUAACUUCACUACACAACCAGCUGAGCUGUCCAGUCAGCGGCCUAAGUCUGAGCUGUAAGGGAAGUGACAGGCACUCACUCUGCUCUCUGGACUGUGUUUUCUUCACAUAUUUGGACGGACACCAUGAUGAAAGGGGAAGAUUCAGAGGAAGUAGAGAUUGACUUGGGGGACUCUAGUGACCCUGAUGAAUUUGAUAAUGGGGAGGAACCUCAGAUGUUGUGGAAGGCUCCUCCUGCUCUGGAAGAAGAGGAAGACAUUCACACGUCUACACUAGUGGAAAUCAGCGAUACUAAACCUCUCAUUAAUGUCAGAGACCCCCGAGGUAUCAAUGACUGCCUCAAGGUGACAUUUGAGGAUGUGAUUGCUGAGCCAGUGUCAGUGCGCAGUGGGGACAGAGUGUGGAUCUGGAGUAAUGCUCUGUUCGAGGUGUCUAGGGUUUGGAUCUAUAGGAUAGUCACAGUGCUUCUAGCCAUUCCCGUGUCAAUUAUCUCUGGUCUCCUCUUCGCCAUCCUCAGCUGCUUCCACAUCUGGAUGGUUGGUCCUUGUGUCCAGUGUAUCGUUGUUGGCACCCGCUGGCUACAGAGCCUGUGGAGCAUUGUGCUGGGCAUCAUUGUGCGUCCCUUCCUCUUGAGUGCUGGGAGAUGCUGUGGAGGCUUCAGCAUUCACCUGGCCAAAGAAUGAGACUCACACAUCCAGACUGGGAUUGUUCGUUAUGUGCACAAGUGCACUGGUGUUCUACUGGACUGUGCCCAAGUGGGCAUUAAUAAAUUAGUUUUUAAUAUUUAAUUCAACAUAAAUGGUUUAUAAUUACCUAUUUUCCUUAGGUAAAAGUCCAACAGUAUCUGCUGGUCCUUUUUAUUGAUUAUACAAGGCUUGUGACAUUUUCAAACAAUAUUUUCGACCUGACACAGUGACAAAAAGAAGGUUAUGUAAUUCUUUAUUUCAUUCUCAGAGUGUGAAAUCACUUUGGCGAGACCAAAAAGAGGAUCAGAGUUCUUAACAACUGACAUCAGUGUAAGUAAAUGGAGUUUCUUAAAUAACUUCUGUUACAGUGGUUGAUUUGAAGAAAACUAAAAUGCCGAAAGUGACCCUUUUUGUUAAGCAUGCAGUACUUUUUCUCACACUGAUAUCAUAGUGGGGUUACGACUCUUGAUGAUUUUUAGAAUUUGAAGUAAUUUCAGCCUAAUUUGUUGUUGUUGUUGUAUCAUCUUUAUGUCAUAAUACUUGGGUUUGGUUUUAUAUUUUGUUACAUUUUUAAACUGCAGUUUAGAGUUUAAGCUCAAGAAACAAAAAUAUACAACUACUUGAAUGUAAGUUUAGUAGCUGAUUUCAAACCUAUGAAUAUUUAGCUCUGUAGAAAAGAAGACCCACUUAUAUUAAAUGUAUUCUUAAAGGAUGAAUUGGCAAUAAAAGCUAUGGAUUAAAAACA